AUGCAGACCCGUGUGGUCCAGAUCUGGGGUUUCCUGCUGACGGUGCUGGGCUGGAUCUUUGUGGCGUGCACGAUGGCCAUGGAGGGCUGGAAGAUCACCUCCAUCGGGGGCAUGGGGGGCUCCUCCAUCAUCAAGGUGGCCUGGUACUGGUCCAGCCUGUGGAGAUCGUGUUUCACCGACUCCACUGCCGUCAGUAACUGUUACGACUACCCGGUGCUGUGGUCUGUGGAGGGUCACAUCCAGAUCGUGAGGGGCCUGCUGAUGGCGGCGCUCAGCCUGGGGAUGCUGGGCUUCGUGCUCAGUCUGCUGGGGAUGGAGUGCACCUUCAUCGGAGGAAAAGACCGUUCCAAGCACAAGAAGAUCUUCGCUGGAGGGUGCUGCCACAUCGUCGGAGGUUCUCUGUCUGUCUGCGGCUACGCUGUUUACGCUCAGUAUGUUUCCGUCGAAUACUUCAACCCAAACUUUGAUGGACUGAAGUACGACCUGGGCACUCCUCUGUUCCUGGGCUGGGUCGGCUCAGCUUUCCACAUGACCGGAGGCUUUUUCUAUCUGUGGUCUGUGUGCACGCCGCUCUGUGGAGGAAAUCACACGGUGAUCAACAUUCAGCCAAUAGCUGAUCCAGAACAAAACAAGUCCACCACGGCUCUGUCUUCAGUGUCAGAGGUCACGUCUAAGACCAAAGUGUCGUCCGUCUUUGAGCUGUCGUCCAGGUCCGAGCGCUCAGACGUGUCGGCCAUCUCCUCAAGAUCGGAGCGCACGUCCACAUCUACACGCUCAGCCAAGUCAGGAAAGUCAACGAAGACAAGGCGAAGUAUAAAGUCUGCAGGGUCAGGGUCAGGGUCGGGGUCGGGGGCAGGGUCAGAGUCCGGCCUCUCGUUGAUGUCCAGCAUUCCGACUUUGUCCGAGUCGAGCAGCAGCAGCAGCCGGACGGUCUCGUCCAGCAGCGCGAGGAGCGAGACGACGCCGUUCAACAGAAACUCUUUUAUCUGA